CAGCAGCUCCGCCCUAACCUGCGGCCGUUGUAGACAGGUACGGCAGCUCCACUGCCGUCCGGUGAAGACGUGGUAGUUGACUACUGGGCCAAGUGUCAAUGGCGCCAACUAACGGCUGCUCUGAUUUCUCCCUCUUGCAAAAGGUAGGGGCGGAGUUCAUUGGAACAUACAUAAUGCUAUUCUCCGCAGCGGCGGCGCCCAUUCUGAACGAGAAAUAUGAGGCGGCGGAGAACGGCCUGAUGACGAGUGCGAUAUGCGCAGGACUCGCGGUGAUGGCCGUAAUCCUCUCCAUCGGUCACAUCUCCGGCGCUCACUUGAAUCCCUCCGUCACUGUAGCCUUCGCCGCUCUCCGUCACUUUCCAUGGCUUCACGUCCCGCUCUACAUCACCGCUCAGAUUUCCGGAUCUAUUUCCGCCGCUUUCAGCCUCAAGAUCGUCUUCCGUCCGUUCAUGUCCGGCGGCGCCACCGUUCCCUCCGUCGGCACCGGUCAGGCCCUCGCGAUCGAGUUCAUCGUCACAUUCUUCCUCAUGUUCGUCAUUGUUGCUGUCGCCACUGAUACCAGAGCGGUCGGGGAAUUGGCCGGAAUUGCAAUCGGAGGCAUGGUAAUGCUCAACAUUCUCGUCGCCGGGCGCGCAACCGGCGGUUCGAUGAACCCGGCGAGGACCUUAGGCCCAGCCAUCGCAACAGAAAAUUUCAAAGGUCUAUGGAUAUACAUAGUAGCACCCACAGCCGGAGCAGUGGCUGGUGCAGCCGGCUACACAGCCGUGAAGCUCCGUCAAGACACGGCAGCGGAAUCAGCGCGGCGAAAUGAAGGAAGCCUCAGCCGAUUGGGAGAAAGCUCGCAAGCGGUGGUCCCGUCGAGAUCCAGUGGAAACUCGGCAUGGAAGCUGGACGGCGGUUCGUGGCUGUGUUUAGCCGGAGAGUGCAGGAAGGAGUGCUCGGAAUUGGAGCAUCUGAAUGUGAUUCUGUGUUACAAGGAAGCUAAUCAGAUCGCAGAAUUUCUGGGCAAGAACGAAGCAGGCGACGAGGGUUUGGUAUAAGGUUGGGUUUUAUAUUUAAUCCAUACCCUAAUGUUUAUUUAACAUUGCGACUUUCUUAUUUAUUAAAUCAAACAUGUAACAUUGUCAAAUAACUAAAUCAAAAUUAUACUAAAAA